GGCCACGCAGUGACGUCACGGCCCCGCCGGCCGUUCCCCACAGCCUGCACCAAAAUGGAGGUGGACGAGAGUCAAACGUGCGCCUUUAAGGCGAUGUUCCCGGCCGCUAUUGCCGACUUUCGGCCUAUCCGCUCGUCGCAGGUGUGCCAGGAGCCGGUCGUCGUGCUGUCGGUGGAAAGGUACCCGCGGGAUCCGGGAAGCGGGGGCGGCCUGUGGGAGGCGCCAGGUGGAGGCGACCUCUACGACCUGAGCCUGUCGGAGGGCCACUGCCGCCUCCGGGCCGUGCUGCAGCCGUCCCUCAACUGGAUGGUCCGCUGCAACCUGCUGAGCAGCGGCUGCGAGUUGAGCGAGGUCCGCCUCGGCGUGCAGUACGACGAGAGGCGCCUGGGAGCUGGCGUGCAGGUCUUCGUGCUGCUGGAGGCCCAGGUGGUUUCCGCGGGAGGCUGCGGGGCGACCCCUGCCGUCCGGAGGCUGAAACUGCAGAAGCUGCAAAUGUUCAACGAAGGCCCCGAGCUCCCCUUUGGCCCAGAACUGCCCAUCAAAGCCAAGAGGCGCUACUACCUCCCUCUGUGGGACACUGCCGAUUACUAUGGGAAGGCUUGGCACCAGCACCCGCCUGCACAACCCAUCCAGCGAUUUGAAGGAUCUUGUAGCAUUGAUGUAAGACUGCUUGAGGGUUACACCCAACAGAAGAAAAAGGAUCUUCCACCAGUGAUUGUUCGUAUCCUCCGCAAGUUCAGACUUUAUCAUUUCGGACGGCCUGACAAAUAUUCAGAAUGCCCGUUCCAGGCCAAAUUCCUAGUAGCUGAUAAAUCGGGCUCAGCGACAGUUGUGCUGUGGAAUUCCCUGUGUAUGGAUUGGUACAGACAUCUAGAACCAGGGAUGGUAGUGCGCCUGCACAAUUAUGUUGUGAAGAAAAGUUACACCACACGUAUGGGGCAACGCCCUGAAGUUUCAAAUGAGCCAGCCCUAGAGCUAAAUUUAAACCCAAGGAAUCCAGCGGCUGAAAUUACCGUGAUCAAUGCCAAGAAUGUUAAAGAAGAAUGGCACUUACCAGAGCUGCAGUAUUGUUUUGCCACCAGGAAGGAAGUAUCAGGGCUUUGCUCUGGAGAUUUGUGCAGCAUCAUCGGCUUUGUUACUUUUGUUGGUAGACAGGAGCGCAUCCGAAACAAAGAGCGACCUGACGAAUUCCUGGUUUAUCGCUGGCUGCACCUGAUUGAUGGAACAGCCUCAGAACCUUUUGUCCUUAAGCUUUUCUCAACCUCUCAGCCUGAGGUUCAGAGUCAGAUAUCCCCAUGCAGCCUGGCAGACAAUACUGUGACCUUCCUUGUGUGUACGAAUGUUAGACUGGAAUGCAAAAUGAUCGAUCCCAGCGGACAGACAGCAUUUCCUUACCUGCAAAGCACCGAGUACAGCCAAGUAUAUGUCAAUGGUCAUCAUCAUGGGAAAUUAUAUGUGAAAAACCCCAAGGUGAAGCAGUUUAUUAAUUGGAUACAAUCUGCCAAGGAUCAAGAAAGAGACACAUUAAGUCACACUCAGAUUGGUGGAUGUUACACCUAUCCUCCCCUUCCUCCAAGUGAGCGGGAUUAUCGACGUGAAAUACUUGGUAUGUCUCCCUUGACUACGAUGUCUGAAUUGAAGCAGUACCUGAAUCGGCUGGAGUAUCGAGAGUAUAGGCAGGUGACUGUGCAGGGACGAAUCAAAUCUGUAAAAUACCAGUUACUGGGCAGAAUGGAUGAAGAGUUUACUGAAGUCUAUAAUGCUGUUGGAGGAACUGAGGAGUGUGAAGAAUUACUUGAUGCUGACCAGCCAUUUCGGGGCACAAGAGGAAACAAAAGUCCUGUAAUCCCUGUCAUGAGUGGACCUCCUCCAAAAAAACCAGCGGGCUUGUCAAAGAAAAGAAAAAGAAAAGGCACAUUCUGCAAGAGAAAAGGCACACCAGUGAGACUCGGUAAGGAUACAGAAUCAACUGGGGAGGAAGAGAAUCCACCUCACCAUCUACGAAAGCAUGAGAAGGACAUGAACCGUGAUGCAAGUCCUGGGAAAGCUCUAAACUUCAUAAAAGCAUGUGAGGAGUUCUGCACAGACUCUGAUGAUAUGGAGGAGACGCCAAGUGCAAUGAGCUUAGCCCAUCCCGUCUUCUCUUGGACUGCCUGCCCAUCACAGCAGGAGCACAUCGCCCAUCGCGGAGACAUUUCCCAAAUGGUGGCUCGCCGCUUCUACUUCAGAGACAAGCCCUUGCUCCUCAAAACCUUUGGUCUCCAGCCCUCUAAUUUUUCUGGAAUCCCAGCAGGUCAGAUUGAGGAUCUGGAACACUGCGAACCAGCAUGUUGCUGUGGAUACUACAUCGUGACCAUUUUAGGACUGAAUGAAGAGCUGUCUUUAGAUGCCAUCUUUCUCCCUAUCAUUUCCAGGUUGGAUCACAGAGCGAUGUAUCCUGCCAAGCACAGCAACACCCUAAUCUCCAUUCUGGCUCAUGGAGGGCCAGCAUCUAGCCAGACCUGCCAUAUUGGCACAGACAGUGCAGAGAGAUCUACACCUUCCCCUGGUGACAUUCUCAGAUCUGCAGUUGGUUUGGAGGAAAUGCUGUUCAUCUUUAUCCUCGAUAUCUGCAAUCAAGGAAGCACGAAUGUUGAAGUUGUUCUCAAUCGUGCCUAUGUCCAGCACAGAGCUCUCUGAACCACUCAAGCAUUUGUGUUUUUUUUAGUUUCCUUUGACCCCCCAACAAUAUUUGCUUGGCCUGGAUUGAAUGCAGUUCUGAGUCACAUUGGAAUUUUAAUUUUGUUUUUUUUUUCUGUACUUACAAAAAGAAAAAAAAAUCUGUUCCUAUGGAACUGUACCAAUCUUUGUCAUAUCUUCCCAUACUACUACUGAAGUCUAAUUGGUGAACAAACACCCUUCUUCCCCCCCCCCCCCCAGCCAAACCCAAUUCCACGAAACAUAUACAUGGGAGUGUUUGACGGCAACAGUGUGGAGAGAACCUUAUUCAUUAUCUAACAUGUCCUGAGCCAGUGAGAGGCAGGUAAAGAGGUGUUCGUUCACCAGCAGUUAAGCAAUGGAAAAAAUUGAUUAAAGGGUUUUCAUGAUUCCUCUGCCCAUGAACUGCUAUAUGAAGACAUGGUGUAUUAACAUUUUGACUAAAGGUUAAAGUUUCAUUCCUGUCAAGUUCUGAGUUGACUGAUCUGAACAACUGACCCGAACAACUGACCCAGGUAAGGUCUGGCAUCAUAGGAAAGAUGGUGGGGAGAGAAAACAAGAGGAGGAAAAAAAAAUCUAUUAAGCAACUUAUUUAUCAUUGACAUGCUGGGAAUUCUCUUAACAAAUAUGGGAUUGGUUUGUAUGUAUUUAUAGGACAAGUUAAAGAAAAAAUAAUGCUGAAAAAUAUUGUUAAUAAUUUAGUCUUAACAGGGCAGGGAGAGAAAUGUUUAUUUUGAAGUGUCUUUUCCCCCCUGUAGCCAGGGAAUGAAAAAAUUAGCUUUUUAUGUAAAUUUGACAUUACUACUUCUAUAAAAGUUAUUUCCAGCUGCGCAGUUAAUUUUAAAUUUAUAGGAACAGGCAUCAGUAGUUAGAAUGUUUAUAGAAAUUAAGAUUGACAGAAAAUGGAUUAUUAGAGUGAGCGCAAUAGAAGGGAAUCAGGCAAAAAUCAGAACCUGUCAAGAUUGUGGAGUCUUACUGUGCACUCUUUAUACUGAAUGAGUCAGUAAUCCAGGGUUGGGUGUUAUGUUUUAUGAAUGGAGAUUAUUUUCUGAUUAUGAAUAAUUGCUAACUUGACUGGCAAAAUUGGUUUGCUGCCUUCUGUCACUGUAUUUGCAGCACCUUAAUCCUUUCACCCUACUGCUAGCAAGUGAUUAAUGCGCUCUGGAAUACACAGUAUCCAGCGAGAGUGAAUUGGUGUACUUGUUUUGACUGGUGUGUUCUUAUUUAUAUACCAUGUCAAUGGCUAUUUAAUCAGGAAACUAUUUUGGUAAAGGUUUGUAUCUAAGUUCUACACUCUUCAGGUAAAAUCCUUCAAGUUUCAUUUCAAGUUGUGUGUGUGUGGUGGAGGGAGAAACAGUUGUUUGUUUUAAAAAAAAAUGCUUCAACAAAGUUAGAGAAUUGAUCUAAAUGAGCAGGAAGUGAAAUGGGAAUUUGGUGCUGGAAAUUUGCAGUCCAAACUGGUGAGAAAGAAGUCCAUUGGCACAAAUUCUGUUCUAAGUUUUAACAAAAGACAUGCUAAAGCCUCAAUGUUGUUGGCAUUCCUUGAGGACUGGGUACCAGGCAACACUAAUUGAGAAGAAUAACAUCUAUUAGCUACAUCAUUAGUUGUCAUGCAGCAGGGGAAUUCAGACUCAUUUAAGAUCAGUAGUUACCCAGGAAAAGCUAAAAGAUUAAAAUCUGCUCUGAGUCAUGGGUAACUGUUAAUCUUAAAUUUAUCCCAACAUUUCCAGGCCUGACCGCUUGACCUACCGUUAACACUCAUCCAUUUACCAGGCCCCCUACCCAACCUUUACUGUAUGCACAAUAAAAGCAUAUGUUGUGAAGACUGAUCACAAUGGGAGUGUGUUUGGGAAGCACUGUCCCUACAGAUAAGAUUAAAAUUCAUUUCAGAUUUUAAACUUAGAUUGGAAACUUCAGUGCAUUGAGAAUUCAAAAGUACAGUAAACAAAAGUCAGAAGUGUUAAUGGAGUUCUUUUGCUUUUAUUUUUCUCAUAUUUGGAAUUCAACAUGGUGCAAACAAACCCAGGACAAUGAUUCUUGCACAACAGGGUCUUUAAAUUUACCAUGUGCUCGUGCAAUUUGCUGCAAGUGUCGAGCCAUAUUGGAGCAGCACACUCAAUAUUGGCAAAACAGUAUUGGAACCUGCCAAUAUUUAUGUGCUGCUAAAGUAGAGUCGACAGAAUGCUCCACGAUUCCCUUGUUCCAGCACCCUGGUUCUCAGAAUCCCUCCAUCCAGGGAAUUAACUGGAGAUAAUGUUAAUGUUAAACAAAACAUCAAACUGAGUUAUUAGUAAAAACUUAGUACUGAUUUAUUCCUCAAUUUUAGCUUAAGUAGUUUCAUUACAAUUUACUGGGUUGCAGGUGAUGAUUACACAAACAAUAGGUUUUCACUCUGAUUAAAAGAUUAUAUAAUUGUCUUAAACCCAAACUCACUGAUGGUUAAGCCAGCAGCAGAAUGACAGUGAAAAUUGCCAUACAAUUUGGCUAUAUCCUUUAAUUGAAGAAUCUGCCAGUACACAUUUUAAUAUAGAACAUAGAACAGUACAGCACAGAACAGGCCCUUCAGCCCACAAUGUUGUGCCGACCAUUGAUCCUCAUGGAUGCACCCUCAAAUUUCUGUGACCAUAUGCAUGUCCAGCAGUCUCUUAAAUGACCCCAAUGACCUUGCUUCCACAACUGCUGCUGGCAACGCAUUCCAUGCUCUCACAACUCUCUGCGUAAAGAACCUGCCUCUGACAUCCCCUCUAUACUUUCCACCAACCAGCUUAAAACUAUGACCCCUCGUGCUAGCCAUUUCUGCCCUGGGAAAUAGUCUCUGGCUAUCGACUCUAUCUAUGCCUCUCAUUAUCUUGUAUACCUCAAUUAGGUCCCCUCUCCUCCUCCUUUUCUCCAAUGAAAAGAGACCGAGCUCAGUCAACCUCUCUUCAUAAGAUAAGCCCUCCAGUCCAGGCAGCAUCCUGGUAAACCUCCUCUGAACCCUCUCCAAAGCAUCCACAUCUUUCCUAUAAUAGGGCGCCCAGAACUGGACGCAGUAUUUCAAGUGCGGUCUAACCAAAGUUUUAUAGAGCUGCAACAAGAUCUCACGACUCUUAAACUCAAUCCCCCUGUUAAUGAAAGCCAAAACACCAUAUGCUUUCUUAACAACCCUGUCCACUUGGGUGGCCAUUUUAAGGGAUCUAUGUAUCUGCACACCAAGAUCCCUCUGUUCCUCCACGCUGCCAAGAAUCCUAUCCUUAAUCCUGUACUCAGCUUUCAAAUUCGACCUUCCAAAAUGCAUCACCUCGCAUUUAUCCAGGUUGAACUCCAUCUGCCACCUCUCAGCCCAUCUCUGCAUCCUGUCAAUGUCCCGCUGCAGCCUACAACAGCCCUCUACACUGUCAACGACACCUCCGACCUUUGUGUCGUCUGCAGUCUGCAAAUGUACAAUAGCCUUUUUUCAAUAGCCCAUGAAAUUGGUCUUUUAUUUAGUGUAGCCAAUGGUAGGAUUCAAGGUUUGUGUAUCUUUGUUUCCUAUUCUUUCCUUCAGCUCCUGGUGAACCUUGCACUGUGUAUUUUAGCACUUCAUCUAAAAAAAAUUUCAAACCAGGUUUACAAUACUAAAAUUCCACUGGAGUGAUUAUGGCACAGCAUCAAGAUAAAACAAUUAGCAAAAAACUGCAUAAAUAAUGCAAAUUCAAACGAAUAGUUCCAGACACACGGAAAGAGCUGCUGCUAUUGCAAAUUUGUGCACUAUCUGGAUACAAAUACCACUUUGGGACAAGCUUGUAAGUUUAAUGCAGUGUAACUAAAACAAGUAGUGUUCUUUACAUUAAUAUAUACACAUGCCCUCCCAAGAAGUGUAGCUGCUUAGGGUUUAAGUCAGGAGGAUAUGGGAGGUUCAAUACAGGUAGUACAUUUGGAAUUGUAAAAGGACUUUGAUAAGGUGCCACAACAAAGGCCAUGAGUGUUGGUGCAUUAGAGGUAGAGGUAAUCUUCAGGAUGGCAAACUAACAAGAGUCAGGUAUGCAGCAUGAAAACCAACCCUUUAAUCCAACUGGUCCAUGCCAACCAAGUUUUCAUCUUUUAUGGGCAAUCAGGCAGUGAAGCCCACAUCCCAUAAGUUUUAAAAAAAAAUUCAAUCUAAGACCGAGAUGAAGACAAAUAUCUUUAGCAUGUUGAGUCUUGUAACUCCUUGCCCUGGUAAACAGGGUGGGGGUAAUGCUUGUGCUUGUGUAUAUUUAAAGCUGAGAUACACAGAUUCCUGAUCAACAGGGGAAAUCAAGGCUUCCACGAAAAAGGCAGGAAAGUGGACAGAAGGAUUGUUGGAUCACCCAUGAUCAUGUUGAAUGGCAGAGCAGGUUCAAAGGACCAAACAGCCGACUGCUGUUCUUAUUUCUUGUGAUCUUCAAGAUGAAGUUUUUUUUUCUCCACUCAAGUGCAUUGUUGCACAUGUGCUUUCCUAAGUGGGAUGCAGGAUACUUACUAUCAGUGACUAUUUAAGUGUCCAUCUGCACUGAUUACUAACAGAUUUGCAAUGUUAAUUAUUACUUCUAUCAAAAUUUAGACAUUUUGUGUUCUUAUCAAUGCAAAUGAAAUAGUAACUGAAUUCUAUACAAAUAAACACAUUCACUGUGCUUCACAAAGUUAGUUUGAUUCUGGACAUUCUCAAGACACUGAUCAUUAACACCAUCAAAUCUAUAGUAUUUUUGUUCUGCUACAAAGAAGGUGAAAUAUACAUAAGUGCGAAAUAGAAAUAAUUUUUAUUUUCAUAUGGAAGAGGGGCGAAUGAACAGCACCUGCCUUCUGAAGCAAUUAAUAUUUGGGUGCUAGCCAUAAAAUUUGGGAUACACCAUCAUAGAUAAUCUGCUUCUGUUAAAAGUAUUGUGUCUGUGGAAACAAUUCAUACAACUUGAUGCAGGCUUUUAAAGAGAUGUAAUAUUGAUUUAAAAAACAAAAUUUUAAAUUUGAGAGGUCUCACAAUUCUGAAAAAGUGCCACAAAAUUCAAAAGCAGGAUCAAGGUACUGUCACUCGCAUGGCCACAAAGAACUAAAGAAGAAACACUAAAUCUUAAGCAUUACAUAUAUACAGGAUUUGAAAGUUUAUCAAUUGUAUGAUGCAUGAAAUGGUAGUCCACAUUUAGGAGAUUCCCAAGAAAGAAAUGAAAACUAAAAACUGGUCCAGUAAUUCUUAUGUGGGGACAAUUAAAUCCCUGGAGGUUGCAUGUUUAUAACCAAAGAAAAUUAAUAGUAAGGUCAGCAAAAUCACUAAUUAUACUUUUUAUUCGCUCACAGGAUCUAAGGCUAUUAUUUAUCACAUGAACCUAAAUGCUCUUAUCAACUUUUUUUAAAAAAUACAAUUGAGUGGUUUGUUAGGCCAUUUCAGUUAAAAGUUACUGUCUUGCUAUGGAGUUACGUUCAAGCCAGACCAGAUAAGAAUGGCAGAUUAGCUUCAAAAAGAACAUUACUGAACUGGGUAGUCAAAUAGUCACCAAGAUUAGUUUCAUUUUAGUUCAGAUAAUUAUAUUUAAUUAACUGAAUUUAAAUUCUCCAGGUGUUUGCCUAUGGAUCAAUAGUCCAAUACCUAAUAUAGAUCAUACAACAGUGAUGAAACAACACACACACGGAGGAAGGGACCUAAAGACAAAUGACGGUACAUCUAAUCACGAACUGGGCUAUUGUCAGACAGCAUGGUACAGCCAGAAUCAACUUUGGUAAAACCUGUCUAAAUUCCUGGAGGCAUUUACUCAGGCUGGUAGUUAUUGGCGGGGGGGGGCACGGCAGAGAGAAGAGCCAUUUAUAAAGAGUCAACUUUUUCAAUUUCAUACAAACCCCCAAAAUACUGAAGACAGCCCUUUUGUCCUACUGUUACCCAGACUUCCCUGAACUCUCCAUAACAGCACACAAUGAUUUGGAUAUUCAGUACAUGCAAACCAUGGUGUGCUGCUGUGGUGAAUACAGGUAUUUUGGGAUGAAGGGAAUGCGAAGAUUGAGAGAAUCCAGCAAUUUCCUUAAGCAGAUCGUCUGAAACAAAUAGUGAAAAUAACAUUUAGCAACAGAUAAGGCAUCAUACACAAAUUAUUUGGUGUCUCCCUGUAGAACCAACCAGUCUUUGUCGCAAAACCUUUUCAUUCUAUAUACCAUGUUGCAAAAGUCUGAAUCAUAGUCUUAUUUUUAAAACUAAGUUUAUAGUAAAAUACAGUUUUAAGCCUAGAAAAAUUGGGAUAUUUAGUUCAGAAACUGGGAAAAACAACUGCAACUCAAACAAACUUGGAGUCAAUUAUAAUCAAAGGGCAAGUUACAUUUCUCUUCAGGGUCAGAUUAACAAGUUGAAAGCCAUAAACAAUUGCAGGGGGGGUGGAGGAAGAAGAGGGGCUCACUCAAGGUCUGCCCUUCCUUCAAAUGAAAGAUUUCAAAAUAUGUAGUUUACAUAUGCAAGGACUUUGUAAACAUGGGAGUUCCUUUAUGGAACCAAGAAAUCUAAAGAAAGUCAUUAAAUGCCACCGGCAAUAUUAGUAAUGUGUAUGGGCCAAAGAAUCUAACAGCGGCACUGAAGGUAAAUUGUUUACAUUCUGUAUUUGACAAAAUCCACAAGAAUACCUCAGGCAUGGACUCCACCCCCCCCCCUCCCCAAAAGGCGGGUAUUCUAUUUGUGUACGGUUGUUGACAAAAGCAAAUAGUUCAGUUACAAAUUAAAGGCAGUUGCAGUUUUGGAGUAGAGUGCUGUUCAGAUUUGGGAGAGCCCAAGGAAAUAAUCUUAAGCAUGUUUUUUGAGCAAAGAAAAUACUAACUUUGUCAUUUACUGAGCAGAAUGAGUGAGGUUCAAGCUCAGUCUGGAAUUCAUAGGAGAGAGAACACUGGAAAAUUGACUACUUCGAAAUUAGAGGAAGAAAUCACAACGGUUUUUACAGCACCAAUCAGCAGAAGCCAGUUUGGUUGGAACCAGUCAGCUUGGUCAAUCAAUUUGGAAAAGGCAGAGAGAUAGUAUCUGCAAAGAGCUAAGAUUCAGCUCUGGGAUUAGCAGCUUCGCGGAAGCUGAGGAACAUAGAAGUAGUUCUGAUGUCUAAGUCAUUAAUGGGGCUUUGAAGCCAAUCCUCCUCGAACUAGAGUCCACAGUCAUCAAGUCUUUUAAGAAAACUGGACGAUCACUUACCUAAAAGCUAAUGAAAGAAUGCCUAUGAAAUUUAAUAACUGAGAACAGUUGGAAAUAUUUAGGCAAAUUAAAAAUAAAUCCAGAGGGCUGCAGCUAACCUAUAGGUUGAUCCCUAAAGAAGCAACGAACACUCAACAUUCUUGUACAAGGGAACUCAUAGCGGAAAAGUAGAACUUUGUUUUAGUCCACAUGGCCAUAGUGUUAAGGUAGUGCUGCUUGUUUGUUUAAUUUCCCUUUAUGUAUAAUAAAAUUUAUUUUUUGUUUAAAAA